AUAAAUACCAGACUCUUGCUGCUCUGUCUCCAUCUUUUCCCUUCAUUUCCACAUCUCUUCUCCUCCAUACUUACUGUCUAGCACCUCUGUCCUUCAAACAAGCUCUUUUUGGGGUUUGUGACAGUCAGUCAGGAGACAACUCCGGUGGAAGCUUAUUCUAGUAGACACUUAUCGAGCGAAAUAAUUACACCAUGUCUUCCACAGCGACGAGCAAGAUUACUCUUACCAGCUCCGAUGGAGUCGAGAUGUCCAUGGAGCGUCAGGUUGCUGAGCGAUCCGUCCUUAUCAAGAACAUGCUUGAAGACCUCGGUGACUCUGGAGAACCUAUUCCAAUUCCAAAUGUCAAUGAAUCCGUCUUGAGAAAAGUUGUUGAAUGGUGCGAACACCACAAAAACGAUCCUCCUAGCACUGGCGAUGAUGACAACGACUCGCGCCGCAAGACUACCGAUAUCGACGAAUGGGACCAGAAGUUUAUGCAAGUUGACCAGGAGAUGCUUUUCGAGAUCAUCUUGGCGGCAAACUACCUUGAUAUCAAGGCUUUGCUUGAUGUCGGCUGCAAGACUGUCGCCAACAUGAUUAAAGGAAAGUCCCCCGAGGAGAUUAGAAAGACCUUCAACAUCCAGAACGACUUCACUCCCGAGGAAGAAGAUCAGAUCCGCCGCGAGAACGAGUGGGCUGAGGACCGUUAAAUCAAGCGCCGGUUGACCCUCGAAAAUCUCCUUGGCUACAUUAGUUGCGGAGCACGUUGAUGUCUCUUGAAAGAACUUCAGGAUGUGCAUUUCGUGGUGACCCGAACCGGCUUUUCAAUUGUGAUGACACUUGUGUUUCAAUUUAUGGAUUGGGUUCGUGCUGGGCGUUUGGUGUGUGUGGCCAUUAGGCUCAUACUGGUUUUGUACCUUUGAGAUCUCUUUAUCGGACCUCAUUCUCGAAGAUGAGCAGGCCGGCAUGAUCAAAAAAAGAUCGUAAAUAUGGACUUAGUAUUACCACUUUUUCUUUCACCUUU